AUGAAAAACAGUUUAAUACUCCAGAAGAAGAGAUUGACACGCCAACAACUUCAAGAAGAGGUCCCGGUCGACCAAAGCUAUCAAGGACUGGAAAACGAGGUAGACCAAGGAAAUUAUAUAAUGAGACGAAACAAGGAGAAGAAGCAAGUAAAUCAACAGGCGAAGAAGACGAUCAAGCAUGACUAGAUGCCAAGCAAGAUGAAUACGACUCAUUGAUGAAGUACAACACGUGGGAGCUCGUACCACGACCUAAAGCGAAAAAGGUGCUAUCUAAUCGAUGGGUGUACAAAAUAAAGAGGAAGCAGGACGGGUCAAUACUUAAAUAUAAAGCACGUCUGGUAGUGCGAGGCUGCGAGCAAACGUAUGGUGUUGAUUACGAAGAGAUAUUCGCGCCUGUAGCAAGGUAUGAGACCAUCCGUGCUUUUCUCGCUGGAUGCGUUCAGGAAGAGAUGCAUGUGCAUCAGAUGGACGUCGUCACCGCCUACGUACAAGGCGAUUUAGCGGACGAGAUCUAUACUCGAGAUCUGGAACAACCCGGAGGUUUCGAGGCUCAAGACGCCGAUGAAUUUGUUAUUAAGGCCCAAGUCUUAACUGGGGGUCGAGGUAAAGGCUGGUUUGAUAAUGGAUUCAAGGGAGGUGUACAUCUUACUAAAGACCGUAAUGCUGUUGCAAAUUAUGUGAAGAAUAUGCUAGGUCAUCGUCUUAUCACUAAACAGACUUCAAAAGAUGGCAUACUAGUGCAGAAAAUUAUGAUAGCCGAGUCGGUGGAUAUUGCGCGUGAGACUUACGUUUGUAUUCUCAUGGAUCGUCAGCACAAUGGUCCGGUGUUGAUAGCAUCUCCGGCGGGUGGAAUGGAUAUUGAGACGGUCGCGGAAAAACAUCCCGAACAGAUCAAAACCGUUUCGUUGGACAUUUAUCACGGGAUCGAUGACGAAAUAGCGAAGGAUGUGUGCAUUUUUUUGGGAUUCUCUAAGCCCGAUAUUCUCAAUAAAGCCAUAUAUGAAUUGAAAAAUCUAUGGAAGCUAUUUGUAGACAUUGACGCCUUACAAGUUGAAAUAAAUCCAUUAGUGGAGACAACAGACAAGCAAGUGGUAGCGGUAGACGCAAAAAUCACAUUCGAUGAUAACGCUCAAUUUAGACAACAAGACUUAUUUGCCUUGGAAGAUGUCAGCGAGAAAGAUCCCAGAGAGGUGGACGCAUCGCGAUUUAACUUAAAUUAUAUUGGCAUGGAUGGUAAUAUAGGAUGUUUAGUAAAUGGAGCUGGUUUAGCCAUGGCUACAAUGGAUAUUAUUAAGUUAAAUGGAGGAUCACCUGCUAAUUUCUUGGAUGUUGGCGGUAAUGUGAAAGAAGAUCAAGUUUUCCAAGCAUUCAGAAUCCUCAGUGAAGAUCCAAAAGUCAAAGUCAUUCUUGUUAACGUUUUUGGAGGGAUUGUAAAUUGUGUAACAAUAGCGAAAGGAAUUAUUGCAGCGUCGCAAAAUUUAGGCCUCAAGAUACCUCUUGUUGUAAGACUAGAAGGUACUAAUGUGAUAGAAGCCAAAAAAGUUUUGUCCGAAUCUGGAUUACCCAUUCUUACAGCGAAUAAUUUAGAUGAAGCAGCAAAAAAAGCUGUAAUCUCGCAGAUCAAAUUACCUUCGUCUUGAACAUAUCGAGGAAUCCCGUCUUCAAGGCUUGCCGAUUGCGUGUGGCGUCAUGAAAGGAGGAGCAAAUGCCGCGACUUUUCGCCCAUGUAUGGUCGCUGCGUCUUUAUAAGUAGAAACUCUUUCGGUGGAGACAAGCGAUAACUCGCUUUGAACGCACGGCGCUCACCUGAGAGAGCGGUCCAUAUAUGGGCAGUGAUUUUUAGCAUAAGACGCAAUCGUAACAUUGACUUUUUUCUACCUUUCGGACAGUGCGUAUUAAUGGGUCACUCUUUUUAUAACUAUACAUGUGGAUCGAAGUUUGUAAUGUAAAUAUAAAAAUGUUCGCGAAAGAAUAGAGAGAGAAAUGUUUUAAUUUAAAAAUAAUUAAAAAAAUUUUUUUCACUUUGAACA